UUUCUCUCUCUCUCUCUAGAGCUCUGAAAUAUGGAAAAGAGAGUCCUUAUCUUUGCCCUUGCACUCUCUCUCGCGUUGCUUCAAAAUCCAGUGCAAUCUUCAACUGAUGUUCCCUGUAAUUUUCCGGCGAUCUUCAACUUUGGUGAUUCGAAUUCCGACACCGGAGGAUUGUCAGCGGCAUUUGGACAAGCCUCUUCCCCACAUGGAGAGUCCUUCUUCCACGGCCCUGCCGGACGGUAUUGCGAUGGCCGUCUCGUCAUUGAUUUCAUUGCUGAGAGCUUGGGAUUACCGUAUUUGAGUGCUUACCUGGAUGCCGUUGGAUCGAACUUCAGUAACGGGGCAAACUUUGCUACUGCUGGGUCCACCAUAAGACCCCAGAACACAACCCUCCAUCAAAGUGGGUUUAGUCCUUUCUCUCUCAAUGUUCAGUGGUAUCAAUUCCACGACUUCCAUAAUAGGUCCCAAAUUUUCCGCACCAAAGGGAUUUUCGGGGAGUUAUUGCCCAAGGCCGAAUAUUUCUCUCGUGCAUUAUACACGUUUGAUAUCGGUCAGAACGAUUUGACGGCAGGUUACUUCCUCAACAUGUCUACCAAUGAAGUUGAAGCAUAUGUUCCUGAUACCUUGGAUCAGUUUACAGCCGUGGUCAAGAAUAUAUACGGUGAAGGAGGGAGAUCAUUCUGGAUACAUAAUACGGGUCCGGUUGGUUGUUUGCCCUACGUCUUGGGUCGUCUCAAAAUCAAACCUGCCCAACUAGACAAGGCUGGUUGUGCAACUCCCUUCAAUGACGUGGCUCAGUAUUUCAAUCGUAAAUUAAAACAAGCGGUGAUCCAACUUCGCAAGGAUCUUCCCUUGGCUGCAAUCACCUAUGUUGAUGUUUACUCCCUCAAGUACUCUCUCUUUACCCAACCAACCAAACACGGAUUUGCGGAAUCUCUGAGAGCCUGUUGUGGGCAUGGUGGCAAGUAUAACUUCAACAUCCACGUGGGAUGCGGGGGAAAGAAAACGGUGCAUGGGAAACAACUACUUGUGGGGAAGCCCUGCCAAGAUCCGUCUGUUUGGGUUAACUGGGACGGCGUCCACUACACUCAGGCAGCUAACAAGUGGAUUUUUGAUCAAAUUGUUGGUGGUUCCUUUUCCGAUCCACCCCUUCCAUUGAAAUUUGCAUGCCACACGCAUCAUCCACCCCACUGAUCGAUCAUCUACUCUAAUAUAUAUAUAUAUAUAUAUAUAUAUAUAUAUAUUCCCAUCAUAAAAAUGUUUGUUUUCCAUCUUUUACUCAUAUUGGAGAUGGGCAAACCUAUCAUUGAAUA